AUGGCUCCGCCUGAGGUGUACGACCCAAACUCUCCAGCUGAGCAGCCGGUUGCACUACCUUCGGCUCCUCCUGCCUUCCUCUCAGGGACUAUUACCUUGCAACCUCCGCUCACUCGACGUGGUACAGGUCCCGGCCUAAUCAUGUUCCUCCCACCGGAAGGUCGCUUGAAUUCGACUUCAAACCUGGAACGCAUGUCAUUGGACCCUCGUCCUCUACAGAAGUGGGCCGAAGAAGGAUUUUGUGUUGCAGGAAUAAUCAGCAAUGGUCAAGAGAAGCUCGAAGAUGAUUUUGAGACGGCCACAAAUAGCCUACUUCAGCUUAAGGAACUCGACACAGCAGAUAAAUUCGCUGUUGUGGUAUACGACCUGGAAGUUUUACCACAAGUCCUCUCAGCAAUCAAGAGCGACAAUCGAAUUGUGUCUCUCGUCAUCUACGGUCAUCAACAACCUUCACAAGUCGUUUCCACCAUUCCAACCAUCAUCUUUGUGCCAUCUACAACCGAGAAUCUGACUGCCACCACCCCGGAUAUCACCAUUUUCAAAGUUGACGCUCAACACCCGUCUUUUGCUUUGCCUCAAUCGGUCGUCUUCCAUUCCUCUGCCGCAUCUAUUGCCCAUAGCAAAGCUAGUGUGCACAUCAAGAAGUACCUUGGUGGACCAUUUUUUGACUUAGAAGCCAUAUGGGAAGAGCAUACCUAUUUUGAGUUCGAAGUUCGCAGCGUAGCACUGACUAUGGGCACUAUGGUGGCGGAGCCGUAUGUCAACCAUGUUCCUACGCUGGCAGGAGGUAUCGGACGCAAACAACUUUCUGCCUUUUAUCGAGACCAUUUCAUCUUCAACAACCCCAAGGACACUCGCCUGCAAUCGAUAUCACGCACAGUUGGCUCUGAUCGCGUCGUUGAUGAGUUCAUCUUCCACUGCACACACGACAAGCAGAUUGACUGGCUGCUCCCUGGUGUACCUCCCACAGGCAGAAAGCUUGCGAUCCCGAUGCUGGGGGUAAUCAACAUCCGUGGAGAUCGACUUUAUCAUGAACAUAUUUGGUGGGAUCAGGGAACGGCCUGUAUGCAGGCCGGUAUUCUUCCCAGUCACGUGGAAUUUGAUGGGAAGAGGCUCAGACUCCCGAUUGCUGGGGUUGAAUCGGCCAAAUUGCUCGAGGAUGAGUCUGCUGUUGCACCGAAUGAGAUGUUGGGGCCUUCGUAUGGUUUUGAGUAA